CUAACACUUUCUGAAAAGAAUAAGUUCUUUUCCCUAACAUGGCCAGACCACAACAGCGAUACCGAGGUGUCCGACAAAGGCAUUGGGGCUCUUGGGUCUCUGAAAUUAGACACCCUAUAUUGAAAACUAGGAUAUGGCUAGGUACUUUUGAAACUGCUGAGGAUGCUGCUAGAGCAUACGAUGAAGCAGCGAGGUUAAUGUGUGGUACAAGAGCAAGAACAAACUUCCCUUACAACCCCAAUGCGUCUCAGUCAUCAUCUUCAAAGCUUCUCUCAGCAACUUUAACUGCUAAACUGCAUAGGUGUUACAUGGCUUCGUUGCAAAUGACAAGGCCAUCACUGCCAGAGCCUCAGAGAGUGGAUUCACCCAAUGUCAUCUCCACUAGCAACUUUGCCAUGAAAAGCAGCGAAACUGACACAAUGUUGCCACAGAAGAGACAACAAGAGGAGCAAGAAUCAGAGGGGAAUUGGGUUUUCAAGAAGGUUAAGGUGGAAAGUUCUCAGCAGUUCAAGCCUCUUGAAGAAGAUCACAUAGAGCAAAUGAUAGAGGAGCUUCUUCAUUAUGGGUCCAUUGAGCUCUAUUCUGUCAUUCCACCACAGGCUCUUUGA